GGUGUAGUGUAUGACCACAGGACAAAACUGCCAGGAAAAUGCGGUAGGCAAGUUGUCAUAACUAAAAGAGAAAUUAAAACACGGCGCAUCCACAGUGCCAUCUUUAUGACUUUAAAAUAAAUGUGGCUUAUGGUUGUACGGCCCAAGGGCUCUGUGACGGAAGUAAUCGGGCUAGCUGAUCAGUCAUCGAUCGACCGCUAUUAGAGCUCUGAGCGCGGGGAGACAUGGGGACUAGAUCCAGCCGUUUACACGAGGAGGCUGCCUCCCCAUCUUUUGAUAAAGACGGCAUCAAGAGAGAGUCCUGUCGACGGAUCCGGAGCACCAGGCCCACCAGCCUCAUGGUGGAGUUCUCCGGGAGUUUCGACCACGACUCUGAGACGAACCGCAGCCGGUCAGAAGAGGGCAGCGACUCGGAUACCGGGCAGCAGGCGAGCAGCGACGGCAGCCCUGCCGACCGCCACACGUCCCCGUCUCUCAGCAGCGAGGCCUCGCCAUCGGAUGAGAAUGGAGCCGACGAGAAACGCGAGGAUGACGGCAGUCCUGGAGGCCCUGUGAGCGAGGAGGAAAUAGGCCGUGCACCGCAGCGCACUUUCUCCGAACGUUUGCCUGGUGGUCGCCAUUCCUCCGCCAGCGGAGUCACUGCAAGGUCUGCCCGGGUGAGAGGAACUCACGCACGGCCAGUGUCCGAGGCGUGGAUCGGCCUCUACAGAGUCAACAACCGGCACGGUGCUAUUCGUUGUCCUUUUUGCACCAAGCCGUUCCCUGGAGGGCGGAUUGAGGACCACCUUUUAAGUUGUCUGACUUCUCCCCCUCUUCCUUAUAACACGGAUGUGCUGGCUAAGGACAGUGGAGAGUGUUCAAUCUGUCUUGAAGACCUGCUACAAGGAGAAACCAUCGCUCGACUGGCCUGCCUGUGUGUCUACCAUAAGAGUUGCAUUGACACAUGGAGCAAAGUGAAGCCGUGCUGCCCUGAGCAUCCUUUUGAUUGAUUCAUGUGACUGCGUGCAAUGACACUGACUCAGGAGACAAUACCCCCUGGCAGGAGGAUUUAUUUUCUGACGAGAGGAUUGUGAGAAAGACACAAAGGAACACAAACUAAAAACAAGCAUCAACACUUGUGGUCUGACUAAUCGCUCGGGAGUGAGCCUGGCUUUAGCAAUCUGACGUGACUCUUGAGACUUGGCUUUUCUCUGCUCUCCACAUCUGCGUGAACGGCGGGUUUGCUCUGCUUGCCUUUCCUCUUUGCUUCAAACCUCAGAGUGAAACUGAAUAUAACUUCGAAAAAGACGGAGAGAAAAGUUACACACGGAACGUUUCGUGGGAAUGGUGUUUGGAAAUGUGGCGAUCUGUCAUUUAUGCCGGGCUUAGUUUGAGCAGCCUGCUGGGGUUGCAUUGGUUUGAAUGAACUACUUGAUCCGUGAUGAGUUGUACAUGCGUAAAUAUUGCACAGGAUUACAUACGAGGCAUGAUGUUUUCUAUAUAUCGAAUGAUAUGAAACUGUUCUUGGGGAUAGUUUUUUUUUUUUUGUCGUUUCUUUAGGAACAUUUCAAAGGCAGAGUAAAAUUUUCCAGAUUUAGUAGAUUUGUAGUGAUUUUAUCCAUCAUCAAGUCGAAAGUCUCUCUCAAUACCACAUCAAGCUCUUUUUAUUCUCUUGAUCAAAUUGAACUGUAUAUCAUUGACAGAUCGGAGUGAAACUUCCACUAGUUAGCUUAAUGGAUGUGUUCUUGGUUGCAGUGAAGUGUGUGUGUGUUCAAGUGUGUACUCAAAUGCAGAUGAUGGUGACCUGACAGCAUUUACUACUCUUGGAGGGCAGGUUGAGAUUUUUUUUUGUUGUGUGUCGGAUGUAAGAAAACACUUUACGCUCUACACCAGGCCUUCUCUGCACUGAAUGAGACCAUCUGUGGUGCUGAGAUGUGUGUCAGAUGCAGUAAUGCCAUAUGGCACAUGCUUCGCCUGAGGAUAGAGAUUAAGAACAGCUGAUGGGUAAUUAUGACGAUGUCAUCAUCAUCGUCCCCCCUAGGAAUGAACAAUGGAAUAAGUGCAUCGGAAAGGAUUUUUUUUCGACCGCCUUCCACAGAGAUGCUUGUUCAAUAUUUUGAGGUUUUUUUUGAUGGUGGGUGUGUGUUACUACGUUCAUCAUUCUAUCGUGUCUUGUAACGAUCAGUUGGUCUGUUACCUUUUUUGCCUUAGCUCAAGGAUUCAUAUUUUGUGAGCAGUAUUGCAAUGUAUUUUCAUUACAGGUCAGUCAAACGGUUCUUUCCCAUUGAAAAAAAAAAACCGUGAGAAAUGCCAAGAGGUGACGGUCAUUUUACAGUAACGUUUUUGUUUAGUGUUGGUGUAGUGCUUUGUGGAGUGGACGGGGGAGGUAUUGUCAGAGUAUUUUUGACAAUCUUUUAAGCUCUGUAAGUUAGCUUUUGCCCUUUAACUUAUGUGGUGCCAAACCUCAAUAUUCAUAUUUACUAUACUAACCUGGGGCUUAGCUAACUCCAAAGGUGUUUUAAUAUUAUUAUUAUUAUUAUAUAUAUACAUACACAGUAUAAAUACCAUAGAAAGUUCUGUAAUUAUUCAGUGCUAAGGGUCUUAACCCGCUUCAUCCUGUGUGUUGACUAGUUGUCGGACAAAUUGGAAUGAUUUGGGAAUGUUCUUUUGGUCAGUAAGAUUGGAAAAUAUUCACAUCCCCAAACAGACAAUCUGCCUUCAUUCUACUAAAGAACAAUUGAGUAUUUAUUUAUUAAAGUGUAAAUAUGUAUAACAUUUCAAAAUGGCUUUGUCCUUUUGUUUGUCCAUGAUGCUGUUUCUAUGCCGAAAUCUUUUGUAUUGUCCGAUAAAUUGUUUUUAUAUGUAUUUUUUACAAUAAAUAUGCUUAAGUGUGA